GUUUUUUGUUAAGAAGAAACAACGGGUCACCUUGAAGGACAAAGGGAUCUCGAACUGGGUAAUGGAUGAAAUGAAGCCCCAAAUCACGGUGAAGGAUUGGUAUUUUAAUGUGGAUAAUUCCCAUUAUCAGCUGACGGUGAACCUGCUCUCUGCCGAUUGCGAAAUCCUCCAAGAUUACUGCAAGAUGUUUGAAGUCCAAGAACAAGUGCCCACUGUGGAAGAAUGGAGGGAGGUUUCGUACACCUUUGAAAAUUAUCCGUCUGGAGUGCGCCAUGUGGAUUUUGAACAUAGAGUGGGCUGGCGAUCUGCAGUGAAAACAGAUGCAGCAGCUUCCAGGGAGCUUUGGUGACUCACCUUGCUGGAUGUCCGGAGCCGAUCCACGAAACUCUGGGCUGCUUUGCAGGAGGAGGGGAAGCCUGGGGUAUGAAAUUGCUGCCUGCUGACCUCGAGUCACUGAAGAAUUUUGUCCA